AUGACUACACAAACACGUAAAAUAUGGCUAGUAGAAAAAGCCGGAAGUUUUAAUAAUUUCAAACAAGAACAUGAAGAAUUACCACCGCCUCCUCCUAAACAUGUUCGCAUUAAAGUUAAAUUUGUAGGUCUUAAUUAUGCUGACAUUUUUUUAGUACUUGGUCUUUACUCUGCUGUUCCUGAGGGAAAAUUGAUCCCGGGCCUCGAAUAUUCAGGAAUAGUUGAAAGUAUAGGUGAUGGUAUUAGUGAAGACUGGUUAGGAAAACGCGUUUAUGGAGUUUCAAGGUUUUGUAGUUAUGCAACUUAUAUUAAUGUUCCAGUAACUUAUGUUAAGAAAACACCCGAUAAUUGGACUGAUCAACAGGCUUGUGCCUAUCCAGUCCAAACGUUAACUGUUUAUUAUGCACUUGAAGAACUUGGACGACUUAAACCAAAUCAAAAUGUUUUAGUACACUCUGCUGCAGGAGGAUGUGGUUUAGCAGCACUUUCCAUUCUUAGCAAGAAAUCGGCAAAAGUUGUUGGUACUGUCGGUACAUCAUCAAAACUAGAUUUAUUGAAUCAAAAAUACGGUGAAAAUCCCAAAUUUACAUUUAUUCUUCGAGAGCCUGCUAAAGAUUUUGAAGAUCGAGCAAAACAAGCUUUGUUAAAGAUAGAUCAAGGAGGAUUAUUUGACAUAGUAUUAGAUAGUGUAAUGGGUGAUUGGUUUUGGCCAAAUUAUAAUUUAUUAAAGAAAGAAGGCAAACUAGUUGUAUAUGGGUCUGCAAGUUUUACACCGACUGGAAAUUUACAUCCUAUAUCGGAUAUAAUUCAUUGGAUAAAAUUGGGUUGGAAAUACAUUUGGAGACCAAAAAUUGAUCCUAUGCAACUUAUGCAAGACAACAAGACUGUCACCGGUUUCAAUUUAAUCCAUCUAUAUGAAUCUGAAGAACGGAUGAAUAAGUUGUUUGAACAACUUCGAACUUUAGAAUUAGACCCACCAUCAAAAAUUAAUGAAUUUGAAUUCGAUCAAGCUGUAGAAGCAUUGACAUAUUUCAAAUCAGGAAAAAGUGUUGGUAAAAUUGUUCUCAGGGUACAGCAUUAA